AUCAGAAAUGAAUUUGUUAAUUUGGGUAGUGACGUCAUCCUAAAGUGCAUCAAUAAGACUUGGAGUGAGAUAAUCUACAUCAUCUUGAAUUUAAACCUGCGUGGGAGAGAGUGUCGAAUAUACAGUGAUUUUGAGAACCGAUACCAGAACACAUGUAAUGACAGCAAACUCCUGCUCAAUGCCUCCACUGGAGAACCCCUCCUGUUUAUUCCAGAGUUUUCCAUCAGGGAUGAGGGAAAGUACCAAUGUGAGUUUGUUUACAAAGGAGGGAGCCACAAUGCACAUAUACAUGUUUUGGCUAUAGGUAAGACAACGUCUCCAUCUGACCUUUUUAGAUUUAGAGUAUUUGUUUGUAAAGGCCUGUGCCUUUUUAGCUUUAUUUUGUUUGUGCUAAAGGCCUGUGCUUUUUCUGACAUAUUCCUUCACAAUUCCAUUGUAAUAUUCAGUGUCCCUGAUUCCUUCCUCACCCCUGUGUUUAGCUCCUCCCAGUGUGUCUUCCUGUCUGGAGUGGGAGGGCAGUAAGAGGGUGGCUGUGUGUUUGGCUAAAUGGGGGGAAACCAGCUGCCUCCAUCUCCUGGAGGAAUACAUGGAACUCUACUUCAACCACAGCCAGCGCUAUAGAGACCAUACAUAACCAAGAUGGCUCCUACUCUGUGGCGGGACGGUUGGUCCUGCCUGACAGUGGCUCUGAAGACCACACCCUUCCAGGCCAGAGGAGCACAUUGAGACAAACCUGGCAUUUUGUGCUGGGA